AUGGCAGCCGAAUCCACCCGGAGAUUCACCAAGAACCUGCUGAAACCGGGGAGCGCGGCAGAGAUACGGCAGACGGCGUGUAACGCAGUCAGACACUCCGCAGUGACGCAGGAGAAGCCGAAGGUGAUCGACCCUCUCGAUUAUGAGGCUGUCGUCUCUGAGUUGGGGGAUGAGUUGAAGGACGACCCUCUCAGAGACCUGCUCCUGUUCCCGGAAAAUGAUUUCUCAGUAUCCACUGUGCCUCAGGAGAGACGAACUCUCAAUUCAACUGUUCCCGAGGGGGCAGAACUCCAGGCUGAAUGUCUGCUGGUCAGACAGGCCUGCAAAUAUUACAACUCUGACCUGAGUGUUGUCCAGUUCAAGUAUGAUGACUAUGCUGGGGACUACCGCCUACUACCCAGAAAACUGUACAAAGCAGAAAAGCUGCCAUCCCAUUCUUUUGAGAUUGACUAUGAAGACGUGGACAAAGAUGAGGAUACCACUUCUCUUUCCUCGUCCAAAGGCGGAGGUGGUGGAGGAGGGGGAGGAGGAGGGAUUGGCGUGUUUCGGUCAGGCUGGCUGUAUAAGGGGAACUUCAACAGCACUGUCAACAACAGUAUCACUGUCCGAUCAUUCAAGAGAAGAUUUUUCCAGCUUACACAGCUGACGGAUAAUUCCUACAUUAUGAACUUCUACAAAGAUGAAAAGAUUUCCAAGGAACCAAAAGGUUGCAUCUUUCUUGACUCGUGCACAGGUGUAGUACAGAAUAACCGCCUGAGGAAACAUGCCUUUGAGCUGAAGAUGAAUGAGGUCACAUACUUUGUGCUGGCCGCAGAGAGCGAGCAGGACAUGGAGGAGUGGAUAAGCACACUGACCCGCAUCUUACAGAUCAGUCCCCAUGAAGCCCCUGCUCCUGACCGCAAGAGCCAGGACCUGACCGAACACCGGCAGGAUGUGUUUGACCUUUCGCUGAGCGACUGCUGCUUGCAGGAAAAUGAAGAAACUACAGAAAAUGGCAUCAAUCCAGAGCUGGCAAAAUACAUCUCGGAGACAGACGAGGGACUUCGUUCUGCCAGAAGAGAAGAGCGUUUGAAUCUGUUCUCUCUCGAUCCUGACACUCCUGUCCUGAGGAGCCCUCGGACUGAACACUCAUCAGCUGAAAACGCGGCAGUGCGUCCAUUUGAGGAGAAGCUUGGCAGAAGGUUUAUGAUAAGUUGCAGAUCCCUCAACCUCAUGCUGCAGGGCUGUGUCAAUGAGAGCGAAACUGGACCAGUCACCAAUAUCGAACCUUUCUUUGUCUCGCUGGCUCUGCUGGAUGUGCGAGAAGGGAGAAAGGUGUCUGCAGAUUUCCACGUAGACCUAAACCACGAAACAGUGCGUCAGAUGCUCGGAAGCUAUAGCAACGGCACAGGGAUUCCAUGUGCAGGAGUUGGAGCUCAGGAGAAUGGCUUGUGCUCGCCUGCUGAGAGGAAGCCAGGUGAUUGUCACCUUAGCCUGGACCUGGACCAUUGGCUGUGCUUUCCCAAACAGGCCAUUUUUUCUGUAACCAACCCUCAUACUGAUAUUGUCAUGGUGGCAAGAGUGGAAAAGGUGCUGAUGGGGAAUAUCACAUGUGGCACUGAGCCUUAUAUCAAGAAUACUGACUCCAGCAAGGGUGUUCAGAAAAUUUUAAAAUCCAACAAGCAGUUUUGCAGCAAACUGGGAAAGUACCGCAUGCCGUUUGCCUGGUCUGUAAGGCCAGUGUUUAAGGACAACCACGGGGCACUGGACAGAGAAUCUCGUUUCUCACCACUUUUCAAACAGGAGAGUAACAAGAUUUCCACAGAUGAUCUCAUAAAGUUGGUGACUGAGUACAGGAGGGCUGAGAAGACCAGCAAACUGCAGACCGUGCCUGGGACACUUGACAUCUCAAUGGACUAUGUUCCGUUGGAGCAUCCUAACUGCAUGACUUCCUCAUAUGUUCCGGUGAAGCCUUUUGAAGACCUGACGAAACACCAGCCUACAGUGGAGGUGGAGGAGUUUGUCCAGGACACCACCAAGUUCACCCAGCCACACCGUGUCUAUAGAAACCACAUCUAUGUCUACCCCAAACACCUCAAGUAUGACAGCCAGAAAAGCUUUGCAAAGGCCCGUAACAUUGCAGUAUAUGUGGAGUUCCGCAGCUCAGACGAAGAAGUGGCCAAACCCCUAAAGUGUAUCUAUGGCAAGCCUGGAGGACCAGUCUUCACCACAGCAGCCUGCUCAACAGUCCUCCAUCACUCUCAGAACCCUGACUUCUAUGAUGAGGUAAAGAUCGAGCUUCCCACCCAGCUUCAUGAAAAGCAUCACUUGCUUUUCUCUUUUUACCACGUCACCUGUGAUAUAAAUGCCAAGACAAAUGCAAAGAGGAAAGAGGCUCUGGAAACCCCAGUGGGAUAUUCUUGGCUUCCUCUUCUCAAAGAAGGCCGUGUAUCAUCUCAGGAGUUCAGCAUCUCUGUCUCCUGUAACCUGCCCCCUGGAUAUUUGGCCAUCAAGGAAGCCAGUAAUACCAAGAGUGGAGCAGAUGUAAAGUGGGUCGAUGGAGGAAAAGCAAUCUUCAAAGUGUCCACAAAUGUCGUCUCAACAGUGUACACUCAGGACCUCCACCUGAACCGAUUUUUCCAGCAGUGCCAGAAGAGAGAGCUGGACCUCUCUCAGCCUCCUACCUCCAAUUUCCUUAACUGCCUGAAGGGUCUUCACAGCAUGGAGAAAAUUCCCGUGAUUGUCCGGUUUCUGCCAGUGCUUUUCAACCAGCUGUUCAAGGUCCUGACUCAGAAUGAUGACGAUGACGUCACUUCUGCCACCACCAGAGUGUUGGUCCACAUUGUUGGCAAGUGUCAUGAAGAAAAUCUGGAUCACUACCUGCACUCUUAUAUCAAGUAUGUGUUCAAGUCAGAAGCCUGUGGCUUCAGGACAGUCCAUGAAGAGCUAGCUAAGGGGAUGACCUUUGACCUGAAGAGUAAUGAGCAGGUCGCUGUCAGAAAUGUCCUCAAGUUCUCCUGGUUCUUCUUUGAGCUUAUCAUCAAGUCGAUGGCCCAGCAUUUGGUUGACUCUGAUAAACUAAAGCUUCUGAGGCCCCAGCGUUUCCCCUCAUCAUAUCUGAGCCGUGUGGAAACCUUGGUGGAGACCGUAUCAGAGCACAUCUUUUGGAAGUACAAAGAACUGGGCGAAGAAACACGCAGUGCCAACUUAGCUGUGGCGGCUUUCGUCAAGCGCUGCUUCACUCUGAUGGACAGAGGCUUUACAUUCAAACUGAUAAGCAACUACAUCAACAUGAUCACUGCUACCGACAGCAAGGUCCUGUGUGAGCUGAAAUUCGAGUUUCUGAGAGAGGUGUGUAACCACGAGCACUACAUCCCUCUCAGCCUGCCCUUACCCUCUGCUCGCAUCACUGACCAUACAUCCCUAGAGCCACAAAGCACUCAUGUGUCAGUGCCUGAAUACAACCUGACUGGAGAGUUCUGCAGGAAACACUUCCUGACCGGUCUGCUCCUGCGGGAGCUGGGGCUGGCUCUCCAGGAUGAACAGGAUCUGCGACAUUUAGCCUUGGCCACCCUAAAAACUCUGAUGGCCAAGCACUCCCUGGAUGCACGCUAUGCCACCAAGGAGAAGCAGGCGAAAAUUGCUUCUCUCUACCUUCCUCUAUAUGGCUUGAUCCUGGACAACAUGCCUCGAUUCUUCCUCAGGGAACUCUUCCCCAUUUACUUCACUUCUAGUGAUCAGGGCUCUCGAGAUGACGUCAGCGUGGGAGGGGGAAUGGCACCAGGGGUGAUGCCUGUUACUCGUCAUGGCAACUCUGUAGAUGCCUCCUUUUCCAAAGAAGUGCUCAACUCCAUUACAGUUUUCUCAUCCUUGGCGGUUGCUACGGGUAACCAGGCAGACUCUCGAGGUUCUUUGAUCAGUGUGGACUCCAACCCCAGUAACAGUGACAGGAACAGUGAGAAGAUGGAUGGAUGCGAGAAGUUUGCCCGGCCCCAGUCCCUCAUCGGCUAUGGGUCUCGAUGUGACAAGCUGGACCAGGCGGAGACCCGCAGCCUCCUCAUGUGCUUUUUGCACAUCAUGAAAACCAUAUCUGAAGAUGUGUUAGUAUCCUAUUGGCAUCGGGCCAUACAUCAGGAGAUCUCAGACUUCUUUAACAUCCUGGAGCUUUGUCUUCAGCACUUCAGGUUUCUUGGAAAACGCCAUAUAGCCAGGAAGCUAGCAGCGGCAGUAAAGCUGGCCCAGUCAACCCAGGCCAAUGGCACCCUGAAGGGCUCUAACCACCCCUCCCAGUCCUCUCAACCCUCAAGCCUCUUCCCACAAUGGAUGGCAUCCGGAGGGGAAGGCCACCGACACGCCCGCUCCCAAACCAUGCCCAUCAUCAGGGGCAAAAAUGCCCUCACCAACCCUAAGCUGCUGCAGAUGAUGGAAACAGAUGGGAAUAUUCAGGAUGGGGACACACUGAGUCCCACAGAUAUUGAGGCUAACUUGUCUACGGAGGUGGCACUCACUGUGCUGGAUGUACUCGAACUUUUUGUUCAUCACCAUAAGAAGCAACUGUUGCUGGAUGACGGACAGAACACAUUGAUGAAGAAGGUGCUGGACACCUACUUGCUCUUCUUUCAGAUCAACCAGUCAACAACUACUCUCCGGCAUGUCUUUGCCACUCUCAGGCUAUUUGUACAAAAGUUUCCCAGUGCAUUCUUCCAGGGUAAGGCAGACCUGUGUGGCUGUCUGUGCUAUGAGAUCCUCAAGUGCUGUAACCAUCGAUCCAGCUCCACUCAGACGGAGGCAGCUGCCCUGCUGUAUUUUUUCAUGAGGCAAAACUUUGAGUUUACAAAGGGCAAAUCCAUAGUUCGCUCACAUCUGCAGGUUAUCAAAGCAGUAAGCCAGCUGAUAGCGGAUGCUGGGAUUGGAGGUUCUAGGUUUCAACAGUCCUUGGCCAUCAUCAACAACUUUGCCAAUGGAGAUGCACGACUCAAGAGCACUCCAUUUCCUGCUGAGGUAAAGGACCUGACCAAAAGGAUCCGGACGGUCCUGAUGGCCACAGCCCAAAUGAAAGAGCAUGAGAAAGAUCCAGAGAUGCUGGUGGAUCUACAGUACAGUCUGGCCAACUCCUACGCUAGCACACCCGAGCUGCGACGCACCUGGCUGGAGAGCAUGGCCAAGGUUCAUGUUCGCAACGGUGACCUAUCAGAGGCUGCCAUGUGCUAUAUCCACAUCUCUGCCUUGAUUGCUGAAUCCCUGAAGAGGAGAGGCUAUUGGAGAACUGACAAGGCCAGGAUGUCCAGUGUGUCCCCUGAAGAAAGCCCUGUCUUUAAAUGUAGCUCCUUACUAACAACCUCCCGAGAUCAAGACACAUCUUUCUCCAUGGGCUGGGCAGCAUUCAUGUGUAUCAGCCCUAAUGUUAAGGAGGAGGGAGCCAUGAAGGAGGACACUGGCACACAAGACACACCGUACACUGAGGACACACUGGUGGAGCAGCUGGAGCUGUGUGUGGACUAUCUGUGGAAAUCGGAGAGAUACGAACUCAUUGCAGACAUCAACAAGCCUGUAAUUGCUGUAUUUGAGAAAAGGAGGGAUUUUAAGAGGCUGUCCGAGCUGUACUAUGACAUCCAUCGCUCCUAUCUAAAGGUUACGGAGGUGGUUAACUCAGAAAAGCGUCUUUUUGGUCGAUACUACCGUGUAGCUUUCUAUGGACAGGGCUUCUUUGAGGAAGAGGAGAGCAAAGAGUUCAUCUACAAAGAACCAAAACUGACAGGUCUUUCUGAAAUCUCCCAGAGAUUACUCAAACUCUACUCAGACAAGUUUGGAGCUGAUAAUGUCAAAAUGAUUCAGGACUCCAAUAAGGUGAAUCCUAAAGACCUGGAUCCCAAGUUUGCCUACAUCCAGGUGACAUAUGUGGUGCCCUUCUUUGAUGAGAAAGAGCAACAUGACAAAAGGACAGAUUUUGAGAGACAUCACAACAUCAAUCGCUUUGUGUUUGAGACACCAUUCACUCUGUCAGGAAAGAAGCAUGGAGACGUGGAGGAGCAAUGCAAGAGGCGCACCAUACUGACCACAAGUUCCAGCUUCCCAUAUCUAAAAAAGCGCAUUCAGGUGGUGGAGCAGCAAAGCACAGAAAUGAAUCCGAUUGAAGUAGCCAUCGAUGAGAUGUCACGUAAAGUCUCUGAGCUCAACCAACUCUGCAACAUGGAGGAGGUGGACAUGAUCCGGCUGCAGCUGAAACUGCAGGGCAGUGUCAGUGUCAAGGUGAAUGCAGGGCCUAUGGCUUAUGCCAGGGCAUUUCUGGAGGAGAAGAAUGCAAAGAAGUACCCAGACAACCAGGUCAAGCUUCUCAAGGAAAUAUUUAGGCAGUUUGCAGAAGCUUGUGGUCAAGCUUUAGAUGUGAAUGAGCGUCUCAUCAAGGAGGACCAGCUGGAAUACCAGGAGGAGAUGAGAGCUCACUACCGGGACAUGCUCAUUGAGCUGUCUGGCAUCAUGAAUGAACAGAUUCCUCACACAAGACAACCAGGAACGGAGCGGCACAGCACCUACUGAACGGCUACUAGA